AGUCUGCGGGCCAAGUAACACCUUUUGAUUCCUGAGUCGAUUCUUUGAACGAGUCAUUCGUGGAGUCGCGGCGGGACCGUGCGCGGUGAGGAGGACAGCUGCGGCUCCUGAACCUGAGAAACACUAAACACCAAACAGCAUUUCUUCACAUCUUUCACAAUGAUGAAGAUCAUCUUGCUGCCAUGUUUAUGGGGUCUUCUCUCCUUCUCACUUGCUCAGCUGUCGGACUCACAGGAAGGUGGAGCUGAGGAGGAGGCGGUUGACCUCUUUACUACACCUCGCACCAAACUCGGUGCCGCAACCUCGGACUUCGGCUACAACCUGUUUCGUUCUCUGGCUGCUCGCGACCCUAAGGCCAGUGUCCUCCUUUCUCCUAUGAGCAUUUCAACUGUCUUCACACAACUCUCCAUGGGAGCGUCUGAGCGCACUGUAAAGCUGCUCCACCGGAUCCUGCGCUAUCACAAUCUCAAUGACGCACAACUUCAGGACACUCUAAAAGACCUGCUCGCGUACCUCGGAGCUCCAGCAAAAGGCUUCAGCUCUGUACAGCGUCUUCUCAUCGGAAAGAGAUUACGCCCUGACUUGGAGUACUUGAAGAGUGUAGAGAAACAGUUCGGGGAAGGACCCCAGACUAUCAUGGGUGGGGCUCGGGAAAUGAAGCCUGUGAAUGAUUGGUUCAAACAGCACACAGGGGGGAAAGUGGACCGUGUCCUUGGAGCCGCCCUUCCUCGUAAUCCAGCGGUGGUGCCAGUGGGAGCUGCUUAUUUCAAAGGAAAGUGGAUCACCAGGUUCAGCCAGGUUGGUAAGAAGGAGGAGUUCCAGUUGGAUGAAGGAGCCUCAACUACCACUGACACGAUCAAGCAGGAUAAUUACCCAGUCAAAAUUGGCAUUGACUCAGACCUCGGAUGCACGAUAGCACAAGUCCCAAUGGAGGAUGGCAUAAGCAUGUACUUUUUCCUCCCAGAUGAAGUGACUAAGAACUUGACUCUUAUUGAGGAAGCGCUGACAGCCGAGUUUGUGCAGGACCUGGCCAACACUCUCCACUCAGUCCAGGUUCAGCUCACACUUCCUGUACUCAAACUGGUGUAUAGCACAGAGCUCUUGGGUCCUCUCUCUGACAUAGGCUUAUCUGAUUGGCUGAAUGACCCAGAGCUGACCAAAAUCACAGCCCAGCCAGUGAAGCUAACUACAGUACGUCACAAGGUUGUCAUGGAGACGGCGCCCGAGGGUACCCAGUAUCCCAGCACUAACACGCCUCAAAGGGGGCAAUCGCUGGCUCUUUCUUACCACGUGAACCGCCCAUUCAUCUUCCUGGUUCGUGACGAGCCAUCAGGCGCGCUUCUGUUCAUCGGAAAGGUACUCAACCCACGUGACCUGGCGAGUGUAUGAGAGCAGCCUACAUGCAUGCGCACAGAUAUAAAAUGAUAUGCGUCGCAAAUUCCACGGAGCUUCUAUACUAACACCAGGCUUAUGACAGACAAGUACACUGCACUUUUAUGUUUUAAAACAUUUACAGUGCAGGAAGAGCCGAGUUUAAGCAAAGCUUUAAAAAAAAAAACCACACAAAACGAACAUACAGUAAUGAACAUGAACGUUCUCCUGAAAUGAAAGGAAAAACCAAUGAAUAUAAGUCUGUAUAUUUAAUACUAAAGCCAGGAAUAUGCACAUAAGUCCCAGAGAUAUGAUCUUCAUAUGACCUUUGCUAGCAAAAAAUGAAUAGAUUUGGUUUAUAUAUGCAUUACAGUCAUAUAUACAUAAUACUUUAGUGCUUGUGAAACAUUUUGCCCAAACAGCAAACAUAUCAGAUUAGCAGCGCAUUUGAAUGGUCUAGAUAGGAAGCUUUUCGAAUUCUGCAUUUGAGUUUUUUGCUGAUUAUUUUCAAUUAAACCUUACGCAUGCAUGACUUUUUUUUUUUUUAGCAAUACUGUUUGUAUAUUUACCAGCAGAACUAAUCUGAAUUUGUAUAUUAAGAUAAAUAAAAAAAGAUUAAAAAAACA